AUGAGGGGGGAGAGGGGCGGCCCGGGGGCCCCGCUCCCUCUGCCCUGGAGGACGCCCAGAGGAGGAGAGGUGCCAGGGAGCCCGCCGAGGAUCUGGGGCCGGUGCCCCCCCGGGGAGGUGAGCGGGGCCGCCGGGCAGAGGAAGCCCCGGGGACAGGGGGCUCAUGGAGGUCCCCCGGGCUCAGAUCUCCCCCCAUGCCCCCGCCCUGAAUUAGGAGUCCCGGGGCCCUGGCCCAAUGUCCCCGGGGGCCCAGACCCCAGAGCUCGGGCUCCUUCCUCCAGCGGAGUGGAAGUAGCCCCCAAGCCCCUCUCCCCAGGUGAGCCCGAAGAGCCCGCGGCCUCCCAGGGCCCCCCCGCCCUGCCUGGGGCCCGGAGGCCCAUCCUGGCCCAGGACUUGUCACCCCAGCUGCUGGCCAGCGGCAUGGCAGCCUUGCCUGGGACCAGGGAUGCCCAGGGCCGGGCGGUGCUGCUGGUCUGUACCCGGAACCUGGCCUGGCUGGGCCCUCACUGCAGCGUCCGGGAGCUUGCGGGCCUCUUCCUUUACCUGCACGGCAUCCCCAGGCCCGAGGACCAGGCCCGGGGACUGACUGUGCUGGUGGACGCCCGGCACUGCCUGCCCAGCCCCAGCCUCUUCCUGGGGCUCAGCCAGAUGCAGAAAAUCGUCCCGGGCUCCGUGCACCAGGUGCUGCUGCUGGGGAAGAUGGCGGGGACGCUCCCUCCAGGACUGAAGCUGGAGCUGCUGCCCUCCCGCCAAGCUCUGCUCUCCUUCAUCCCGAGCUCCCAGCUGCCCCUCGCCCUGGAAGGCUGCCUGCCCUACAGCCACGGCGCCUGGCUGGCUUUCCGAAAGCGGCUGGAAGCCUUGCAGCAGAGCUGCCUGGAGGCCUGCACCCUGCUCCGAGGGGCCAUCAAGAGUGUAGCGGCUGCCCCUGAGCCAGAGGGCCCUGGGCAGGACCCCCGCGAGCUGAUGCAGCAGGUGCUGGACUACCCUGUGCUGGCCCGGCUCCAGCGGGAGGGGGGCACGGCCCUGGCGCAGCUGCAGUGGGAAGAUCCGGCUGUGACUCAGAGCCCGGAUUACAGGUCGGCGGUGGACGAGGCGGGAAAGCUGUAUGCUCAGGUGGACGGGCUGCUGCACCAGCUAGUCACUCUGUGCAACCAACGGAUGCGCGCGCUGGAGCUGGGAAGGAUGCUGGAGGCCCAGGCGGGAACGCUGAGCGAGAUUCAGGCCUGGCUGCAGAACGUGGGCUGGCCAGGACUGAAGGAGCCAGAGGAGCCUUCGCUGGACGCGCUGCUCCAGGCUCGGGACGCUUUCUGGGAGCUCGACCAGGCUGGGGCCUCCUGGGCGGGGGGUGGCAGGGCGGCAGGCCUGGGGCCGGGCUUGAGCAGGCCCUUCCCCUCCCAGGAGCAGGCCCGUCGGGGCGAGGCGAUUCUGGCUGGCUGGGAGGCCCCGGAGUUGGGCCGGCUGGGGGCUGCCGGGGCCCGCCUCCUCUCCCUGCGGGCCCAGCUGUCGGAGUUCUCGAGGGCGCUCUCGCGGCGCCGGCGGCAGCUCAUGGAUGCGCACCAGCUUUCUCAGCUGCUGGACCAGGCCCUGAUAUGGGCACGGGACGGGCAGAAGGCCCUGGCCACGCUCGCGGAGGAGGAGUGUGAGUCCCCAGAGGGGGUGCUGCGCCACCUGGAGGGGCACCGAGCCCUGCACCCCGACCUGGCGCCCUCCCACUUCCAGGAGAUGCGGGCGCUGGCUGCGGGGCUGGGCUCCAGGCUCCCCGUCCAGCAGUGCCACCUGGUGUGGGCCCAGUGCCAGGACACCCAGCUGGCACUGGACAGGAAGCUGGAGGCCGCGCUCAGGGCCCGGCAGGUGCUGCCCGCCUUCGUGGUGGGCCCGCAGAGGUCUCCGGGCGGCGGCAGCAGCGGCAGCAGCUCCUCCGAACAGGCCUCCCAGGCCCCCGGCAGGAAGGUCAGAGAGAGGAGCCGGCACAGCGUCUCCUUGGGCUCCGUCGCCUCCCAGCCCCCGAAGAGGACGCACCCCGCCGAGAUGAGGGUAAAGCAGAGCCUGUGGGGCUCGGUGUGCCGGCUCAGCCUGGGCGAGCCCUCGGCCGCGGCCUCCCCCCUGUCGCCCCCCCGUCGCCCCUCGGGCGCUUCCGUGGGGGCUGCCGGCAGCCAGGAGGCGGGGCCCCCCUCCCAGAGAGCCCCGGGGGCCCCGAAGGCAUCGCCCAGCAGUCCCACCCUGGAGGCCAGCACCCAGAACAGAGACCAGAGGGCCCGGUGUGGGGCUGGCCCUGAGCCCCGCCCACUGGGCAGGCUGCACUUGAUACUAGGCGAGAUGGUGGCCACGGAGCAGGAGUACGUGCGGGCCCUGGACUACGUGGUGGAGAGCUACUUCCCCGAGCUGGAGCGGGCGGACGUGCCCCAGGGCCUGCGGGGACAGCGAGCCCGGCUCUUCGGCAACCUGGAGAAGCUCCGCGACUUCCACCGCCACUUUUUCCUGCGGGAGCUGGAGAGCUGCAGCCAGCACCCGCUCCGAGUCGCCCACGCUUUCCUGCGCCACAGGGAGCAGUUUGCGAUGUACGCCCUCUACAGCAAGAACAAGCCCCGAUCGGACGCGCUGCUGGCCAGCCACGGCAACGCCUUCUUUAAGGACAAACAGCGGCGGCUGGGGGACCACCUGGACCUGGCUUCUUACCUGCUGAAGCCCAUUCAGCGGAUGAGCAAGUACGCGCUGCUGCUGCAGGAACUGUCCCGCACCUGCGAGGAAGGGCCGGGGCCGGGCUGGGCCCGAGAGCCUGACCUCGCCGCCCUGCACGCUGCCUGUCACCUCGUUCGCUUCCAGCUGAGACACGGCAACGACCUGCUGGCUAUGGACGCCAUCCGUGGCUGCGACGUGAACCUCAAGGAGCAGGGCCAGCUGGUUCGCCAGGACGAGUUCACAGUGUGGUCCGGGCGGAAGAAGUGCCAGCGCCGCGUCUUCCUGUUCGAGGAGCUCAUCCUCUUCAGUAAAUCUCGGCACGGACCCAGGGGUGUUGACUCCUUCGUCUACAAGCACUCCUUUAAGACGGCAGACAUCGGUCUCACGGAGAACUGCGGAGAGAGCGGGCUGCGCUUCGAGAUCUGGUUCCGGCGCCGCAAGGCCGGCGACACGUUUGUGCUGCAGGCCCUCACCCCCGAGAACAAGCAGGCCUGGACGGCUGACAUCGCCAGCCUGCUCUGGAGGCAGGCCACCCGCAAUAAGGAGCUCCGGAUGGCUGAGAUGGUAUCUAUGGGGGUAGGGAACAAACCCUUCCUGGACAUUACUCCCAGUGAAGCCGCCAUCAAUGACCGCGCCAUCAACUAUAUCAUGAAGGGGCGAGGAGCUCGCACUCGGGCCUCCAUUGCGGUGUCUCUGUUUGACCACGCCAACCCCUUUCCCGGGCCUCCAGCAACACUUUCCACUGGUCCUUCCUCCUGUUCCUUGCUGGGGCCUCUCAACCUGCACCUGUGCGGAGACCCAGCUCGACUGGGACUCUGCUGGCCCCUGUACCCCACUGCUUACUUGGAGGAGGAGCUGGAUCCAGAGGCUGAGACAGGCAGCCAGCCUUCACUGACCCCCGAGAGCUCCGAGGCCUCCUCCCAGUGCCCAUCAGCUAGCUCCAGUGGUUCGGAUAGCGGCUGUGUGCCCAGCCCCAACCUGGCCGGCGGCUGCGAAGACCAGCCCGUGCCACCGGUGGAGGACAAGCCCCACUGUGGUCAGAGUCAGUACGUCUCCUCAGUCUGAGCGCAGGGGCGCUGCUGGAUGCUGGCCGCUGGGCCCCGGGGGCCUCCCCUCAGUCGGAGGCCUCGAGCUUGGGGAGUUCCCACCCUGGCCCAGGGCAGGGCCCGGGGUAGGGGGACCCCGUGUGGUUGCUCCAGUUAUCCAAGCCGACGUCCUGCAUCCUGACAUUGUCAGCCCCACCUCGCUAUCUUAACCAUUUGGAAUGUCUGGGUUAGCGCUAUUUGCUCCUGCUAAGGGGGAAGAGGUGAGGAGGGGCAAAGAGAUGCCUAAUCUCCAUGGUUGCUUUUGACAAAGGGCCCGUCCCAGGGUGGCCCAAAAUGGCCGUGUAGUCUGAAGGGCUCCCUGCCUCUCUCCUGGCCAUCUGCGUGGAGACUCUGAGGGACAGUUGGACAGCCAGCUGGGCCCAGCUUUUAAGUUAUAAUUAGACUAGAGGGAAGUGUGUUGUGUUUCAUGUUUUAUUUUAGCCAGACUGACAGAACUUGGAGAUGUGCAGGAGUAGGUGGUGGGGUGGAGGGCGUUAUUGGGCACAGAAUUGGUGUCUCGCCUGCAGCAGUCAGUGACAAAGGUGGCAGUCCGUCAGUCUCCUGGGACUUGGGGAAAGGAUUUCCGAGGAUGUGCUUCCUCCUUUGGCUAGGUCCCACCAGUGUCCUAGGACUGGCCUGGCUCCUUAGCCUCCAAUCUCAGGGACAAAGACCCCGGCGUGGUCUUGUGGCUUACCUGCCCUUUUCUAUGUUUCUGAGUUCCCUUCUGGGAUCUCAAUAGUAUUUUAGUUUCUACAACACCCGGGAAAGAAUAAGUUGGGUGGCCCUGGGCAUUUGGGGAGAUAAGAGGCAGGGUGGAGUGGACAAGACUAGGCGGAAGCUGUCAUCUUCUUCCCACUCCACCCCAAGCCUGCUGCAGAUUGCCCUCCACGCCAACCAGGUCCUGAGCUCACCAGGAUCCCACCCUAGCCUUCUUCCUGGAUUCACAUUGUAACCUUGACCUGGCGCCUUUUUUUGAACUGUUUCUCUAAUAAAGGUUUAUCUAUUUGGAUGUUA